AUGGAUAUUCCGAACCCUGGUGAGGGCGAUAUUAACAUCGGUAUGUUUACCUCAGUCCUCACAGCCAUUGUCGGCCUUGCAUUGUUGUUCCGCUAUGCCAUCAAGGUCUGGGUGCGCUGGGCUUUGCCUCAGGUCACUGCACCUAGCCGAAUCUGGGGCACAGAGGACUUGUUCUUCCUUGUGGCUUGGGGUUUUGAUAUUACUCAUAUGAUAUUUAUUCAAAUGAGUGCCAAUUGUGGCCUCGGGAGGCAUUUCUCCUACUUAACUGCUGAAGAGCGUCUCCAUUCUAUGAAAUGGGACUUCAUUUCACAGCCGCUGGCUGUCACUUCGGCGAUGGUCUCACGUGCAGGCAUGAUGUGGUUUCUUUUGAGCUGUUUUGCGGCGAGCGACAAGUAG